AUGACACGCAGGAACGCCACCCUCUCCAAACGCCGCUCCAAACCGAGCUUGCAGGUUGCAACCGGCCAGAACGGCCAUGCCAACGGCAAGAUGAACAACAGUAUAGAGAUGCGCAAACGCGACACCUCCACCGAAUCCUCCUCCGAACGCACGUCCCGCGUUCUACGGAGUCCCAACUUCUCUCUCGAUAAUGAACCUCCCGUCAUCCCACAGACCCCUAUCAUGACUACCACCAGCUUCCACAACCUGCCCGCCAGUGAUCGUCGGAAUUUUCUGCUCCUCUGCGUCCUCUAUUUCCUGCAAGGCGUUCCCAUGGGCCUGGCCACGGGCUCCGUGCCCUUCCUGCUCAAGCCAUAUUUGUCCUACGGCCAGAUCGGCGUGUUCUCACUCGCGUCCUACCCGUAUUCGCUCAAGUUGUUUUGGAGCCCUAUUGUGGACGCCGUGUGGAGCCCCCGUUUUGGCCGUCGCAAGAGUUGGAUCACCCCGAUCCAAGUGAUUGCCGGGCUGGCCAUGAUCUAUAUGGGAACCCGUAUUGGUGACAUGAUGGAGCAGGCCGGCGCCAAUGGCGGGGCCGGGGUCUGGAACUUUACAUACUGGUGGUUUAUGCUGGUCUUUUUCUGCGCAACGCAGGAUAUUGCCGUUGACGGUUGGGCCAUCACCCUGAUGUCGCCGCCUAAUAUUUCCUAUGCAUCCACUGCCCAGACCGUGGGCUUGACGGCCGGACAUUUCUUGUCGUAUACGGUUUUCUUGGCGUUCAACUCCAAGGACUUCGCCAACCGGUGGUUCCGAACCACUCCCGGCGAAGGUGGCCUGCUUUCCCUAGGUGGUUACUUGACCUUCUGGGGCUGGACAUAUCUGAUCGUGACGCUGUGUCUAGCGGUCUUGAAGAAAGAAGACCGCACCAAGGAGCGUGACAGCAUCCUUGAUGUCUACAAGAGCAUGUGGAGUGUUCUAAAGCUGAAAAAUAUUCAGACUAUCAUUCUCAUUCACCUCAUCGCCAAGAUUGGCUUUCAAGCAAAUGAUGGCGUCACCAGCCUGAAGCUCCUAGACAAGGGCUUCGGACAAGACAACAUGGCGUUGGUCGUAUUGAUCGACUUCCCCUUUGAGAUCAUGCUGGGCUACUAUGCUGGCAAGUGGUCGACCGAGUACACUCCGAUGCGGCUCUGGGGCUGGGCCUUUGUCGGCCGGUUGGCGGCCGCAGUGCUGGCUCAGCUGACUGUGAUGAUAUAUCCCAGUGGCUCGGAGGUGCCGUUUUGGUAUCUGAUCGCCGUCAUCUUAGAACAUGUGGUCUCAACCUUCAUGAACACUGUCAUGUUCGUUGCCAUCUCUGCCUUCCACGCGCGUAUUGCCGACCCCGCAAUUGGCGGGACCUAUAUGACUCUUCUUGCAACUGUGUCUAAUUUGGGCGGCACGUUCCCUCGCUUCUUUAUUCUCAAGCUCGUUGACCUCCUCACCGAGGCGACUUGCUUCCCACCAACCACACCACCUCCUGUGGACCAGCUCAAGGACGCCCUCGUUACAUCCUCCUUCUCGUGUGCCCUGGAACCCGAGAAGAACCGUUGUGUGAACGGUGGCGGCACCUGCGUCGUUGGCCGCGACGGCUACUACAUCACCAACAUCAUCUGCGUGCUGAUCGGCGCCAUCACCUUCGUCAUGUUCAUCAAGCCUGCCGCCACCAAGCUCCAGAACCUACCGCUGCGAGCUUGGCGGCUGACAUCAGGUCCCCAACGCGAGUGA